UUCUAAUAUAGCCCGCUGAGUCAUAACCGUUCUCCAUUGAUAAAAAAGCCAAGCAUCUCUCGAGGGUUUUGCGAGGUUUUACAGAACCACAGAAAUCCCAUCAUGAAAAGAGCUUCACUUUCCUUCCUCUCACGCCUCACUCGCCAAAAACCCCGAUCAUUUGCGCUUUCCGCACGAAACUACAAUUCUGAAACCACUUCUUCCUUUUCUUCACUUCAUUCACCAACCCAUCUCAAGCCCUGCACCAGAAACCAUGGAUUACUCCUCAAGCGCCACCCGUACCAAUCAAACCCAUAUCGGAGCAUUGACACCCUUGUUGAGAAACAGCCCUCUUCCAGGCAGCGGAAAAUCAAGGAAAAGUCUGAACUUGAAGAGGCCUUUGAGUCUGCUAAGACAGUUGAGGAGAUGCUCAAGGCUUUCAAGGACAUGGAGUCUUCUUUUAGUGAGAGGGAGCUUGGUUUUUCUGCCUUGAAAGUUGGACUCAAACUUGACCAAGAAGGUGAGGACCCUGAAAAGACUCUUUCUUUUGCUUCUAGAGCACUAAAAGCUCUCGAUACAGAUGAUAGUAAACCUUCUCUACUUAUUGCCAUGACUUUGCAAUUGAUGGGUUCUGCGAAUUAUAGUUUAAAAAGGUUCAAUGAUUGCUUGGGGUAUCUAAACAGGGCCAAUAGAAUGCUAGGCAGAUUAGAAGAAGGGGGUUCUAGUGUUGCUGAGGAUAUUAAGCCAGUGCUUCAUGCAGUGCAGCUUGGAUUGGCCAAUGUAAAGACAGCUAUGGGCAGAAGAGAGGAAGCUCUGGAAAAUCUUAAGAAAUGUUUGGAAAUUAAGAAUACAAUUUUGGAAGAUGAUAGUAAAGAGUUGGGUGUGGCAAAUAGGGAUUUGGCAGAAGCAUUUGUUAACGUCUUGAAUUUUAAAGAGGCAUUGCUCUAUGCUUCGAAAGCAUUGGAGAUACAUAAAAAUGCAUUGGGCCAAAACUCGGUCGAGGUUGCACAUGAUAGGAGACUUCUCGGGGUCAUUUAUACUGGAUUGGAGGAACACCAGAAGGCAUUGGAGCAGAAUGAGUUAUCACAGAAGGUUUUGAAGAAUUGGGGUCUCAGUUCUGAUGUUCUUCGUGCAGAGAUAGAUGCCGCCAAUAUGCAAAUUGCAUUGGGAAAGUACGACGAGGCAAUUAAUACCUUGAAGGACGUUGUUCAACAAACUGAGCAAGAGAGUGAGACUCGAGCUUUGGUUUUUAUUACCAUGGCAAAAGCUUUGGGUAAUCAGGAAAAGUUUGGAGACUCAAAGAAGUGCUUGGAGAUUGCUUGUGGGAUUCUUGACAAAAAAGAAGCAGUCUCUCCAGUUGAGGUUGCAGAGGCCUACUCAGAAAUAUCGAUGCAAUAUGAAACUAUGAAUGAGUUUGAGACAGCAAUUUCGCUGUUGAAAAGAACAUUGGCUGUACUUGAGAAACUCCCCCUAGAACAAAACUCUGAAGGAAGCGUUUCUGCUAGGAUAGGAUGGUUACUCCUGUUGACAGGUAAGGUGCAUCAGGCAAUUCCUUACUUGGAAAGUGCUGCAGAAAGGUUGAAAGAGAGCUUUGGUUCCAAGCAUUUUGCAGUGGGGUAUAUUUACAACAAUUUGGGUGCAGCUUAUUUAGAAUUAGAUAGACCACAAUCAGCUGCACAAGUGUUUGCUGUGGCAAAGGACAUUAUGGAUGUCACACUUGGUCCCCAUCAUGCAGAUACUAUUGAGGCAUGCCAGAACCUCUCAAAAGCAUAUGGUGCAAUGGGAAGCUACACACUUGCAGUUGAAUUCCAGCAACGAGUAGCUGAUGCGUGGGAAAGCCAUGGACCAGGUGCACGGGAUGAACUUAUGGAAGCUCGUCGAAUUCUUGAACAGUUAAAGAGAACAGCCCGUCGGGCAUCUACAGACCAGCUUCCAACUAAGUCCUUACCAUUGCCCCACACUAGUCUAUCUGUCAAAAGUCCAUGACUGGAUGUUGCAAUUAACCAUGACCGAACAAGCUCCAUGGGGUAGCCUUAUCUUAUAGAACAAGCUCCAUCAUCUGGAGAAAUUCUAUGCUCACUCUCUCCGUGUGGCCCUUUUAUUGGUCAUAAUAUACUUUUGUGCUCUUUUGCAGUUAUUCAUUAUUGAUGUUCUUUUGGUGUAUUCAAAAGUCAAAAUCAAAACCAUAAUAAUAUGGUCAAUAGCAAAUUUUCUCACCAAUGGAACUUGUUCAGUUACCAAUUUUCAAACUUGAGGUUGCAUGAAAUUCUGUAUGGUGCUGAGAAAUUAUAAUUUUUAGGCGAUCAUGUAUAUUGCAGUAUGUUGUGUGUAAAUUGUGGUUUUGAUGGGAUUAUGAGAUCCCAGCUUACUGAGCUGCAUGUUUAUUUAGUUCUUGAUGUUUUUCCUGUAUGGUUUUGUCAGAGUGGGACCUAUCACAUUGGAGGAAACUCAUGAUCAAUGGCUAGUUAAUUAGGCCUUUUUUUUUUUUUUAUAUUAGUUAUGGUGUUAUAUUCUUAAUUUUUUAGGGAGGGGGGAAUCGAGCCCCGCAUUUUGUGCAAUUGUCAGGAGUUGGCUAGCUAAUUAGACUUGUAUCAGGUCAGGUGUCUUGGUGGAUUUCAUGGCACUGAAUCACUCGUGAGGUUAGGUCCUACAUGUGCUUGUGCUGAUUAUUCUCUGGAUUUCCUGUUCUUAUGAUGAUGGCUAUACUUGAUGCAUCUUGCUCUUCUUUGCCUCUUUGAAAUAUUAAAGGUCUUUCUGAUUGCUUUAGUUGAUAUUUUUAACUUUGCAAACCCCUUUGCUCCUUUCAAUGUAUUUCUCAGAUUGUUUAACAGAUUAUUGGAGCUAAAAUGAUGCAGACAGCAGUGUAGAGAUUUCGACAAGAUACAGGACUUCUAUUGAGAACAGAGAAACCCGACCGUUUUAGCAGAAAACAAUGAGAAAGAUAAAGAAUCCAACGAAAAUGAUCUCCUGAUUGGGCUGAUAGAGAACUCAUUGAUUUUCUGGUAUCAAUGCGCUCAUCUUCUAAAAUCAAGGAUUGCAGGCUCCCGCGCCUCUGCUCCUGCUCCAUAUUUAAUUCCGAUUGCCUUGUCGGCUGCACUGGAACAUCACUUGGAAUCUCUUGCAUUUGCUGCCUUUGAGGUAACAGAAUUCCAGCAUCUUCUCCUCCAAUUCAAUCACCACAAAAUCUUCAUCACCACCCAUGAGACUCUGUAAAUGGCUGAGAAUCUUGAGGUGAAGAGCUUGGUGCAAUAAUCUGAUCAACCAGAUUCUGGCUUGUGCCUGAAA